GCCCGUGGUGUCAGCGAGCACUGGACUUCUUCCUCUGGUGAAGUGGGUUUACUUGAGCUUGAAAGAAAGAAAAAAAUGUCUCCACUUCUGAGAAGCAUCUGUGACAUCAUUGAAAUUUUCAAUCAGUAUGUCUCACAUGAUUGCGAUGGAGCAGCAUUAACUAAGAAAGACCUGAAGAACCUCCUUGAAAGAGAAUUUGGAGCUGUGCUUCGGAGACCACAUGACCCCAAGACGGUAGAUCUGAUCCUGGAACUUCUGGAUCGUGACUGUAACGGGCAUGUCGAUUUCAAUGAAUUCCUCCUAUUCAUUUUCAAAGUGGCUCAAGCUUGUUACUAUGCUCUGGACCAGGCCACGGGACUAGAUGAAGACAAGCGACCGCUCUGGGAUGGAAAGGAGAACCUGUUACAAGAUCGCAAGCAAGAAGACCAAAGGAGAUUCGAGCACCAGGGCAGACAACUGGAAGGAGAAUCUGGGCAACGACGGAGGCAGAAGAGGCAGGAACAGGAGAGGGAGCUCACUGAGGUAGAGGAGCAAAGGGAGAAACAAGAGCGACUUGAGCAGCGUGAUAGGCAGCGCCGCAACGAGGAGCUUCCAGACGAAGAGCAACAGAGAAGGCGGGAGCUGCAGGAGCUGAGGAGGGAGUGCCGUGAGGAGAAGCAGCAGCAAAGGCGAGAGAUGCAAGAGAGAGUGCUCCAGGAGGAAGAAGAGAAGCUGCAAACACGGGAGAGGCAAGAGCAAAGGGAGCGCCUGGAAGAUGAACCGCAGCGGCAAAGAGAGCUCCAAGUGGAAGAAGAGCAGGUACAGAAGCGGGAGCAGCAAGAGCUGAAGAGGGAGCGCCAGGAGGAAGAGCAGCAGCUGCAAAGGCUAAGGCGCGAGCAGCAGUUGAGGCGUGAGGAGGAGAGGCGCGAGCAGCAACUAAGGCGCGAGGAGGAGGAGGAGAGGCGCGAGCAGCAGCUGAAGCGGGAGCAGGAGGAGGAGAGGCGCGAGCAGCAGUUGAGGCGUGAGGAGAAGGAGAGGCGCGAGCAGCGGCUGAAGCGCGAGCAGGAGGACAGGCGCGAGCAACAACUAAGGCGCGAGCAACAACUAAGGCGCGAGCAGGAGGAGAGGCGCGAGCAGCGGCUGAAGCGCGAGCAGGAGGAGGAGGAGAGGCGCGAGCAGCAGCUGAGGCGUGAGGAGAAGGAGGAGAGGCUCGAGCAGCGGCUGAAGCGCGAGCAGGAGGACAGGAGCGAGCAACAACUAAGGCGCGAGCAACAACUAAAGCGCGAGCAGGAGGAGAGGCUCGAGCAGCGGCUGAAGCGCGAGCAGGAGGACAGGCGCGAGCAACAACUAAGGCGCGAGCAGGAGGAGAGGGGCGAGCAGCGGCUGAGGCGCGAGCAGGAGCUGGCUGAAGAGGAGGAGCAGGAACAGGUCCGGGAGCGGAUUAAGAGCCGCACCCCGAAGUGGCAGUGGCAGCUAGAAAGGGAGGCCGACGCACGGCAAAGUAAAGUCUACUCGAGGCCCCGCAGGCAGGAAGAGCAGAGGCGCCGCCAAGAGCAGGAGAAGAGGCGGCGCUGGGAGCGUGAGCUGCAACGGCAGGAGGAACCCGCUCGCCGGCAGCAGCUGCAGGAGGAGCAGCGCCGGGACUUCAAAUGGCAGUGGCAGGCUGAGGAAGAGAGCGAGAGGCGCCAACAGAGGCUGUCGGUCAGGCCCUCGUCGCGGGAACAGCGGGAGAGGCAGCUGAGGGCAGAGGAGCGCCUGCAGCAAGAACAACGGUUUCUCCAGGAGGAGGAGGAGAAGGAGCAGCGUCUCGAGAGGGAGCAAGAGCUGCAGUUCCUGGAGGAAGAAGAGCAGCUCCAGCGGCGGGAGCGCUCCCAACAGCUCCAGGAGGAGGAGGACGGCCUCCAUGAGGAUCAGGAAAAGAGGCGACGCCAGGAACAGCGCCGCGACCAAAAAUGGAGGUGGCAACUAGAAGAAGAAAGGAAGAGACGCCGCCACACGCUGUACGCCAAGCCGGCCCUACGCGAGCAGCUGAAGAAGGAAGAGGAGCUGCAGCAGGAAGAGCAGCUGCUGAGAGAAGAGCGGGAGAAGAGAAGGCGCCAGGAGCGGGAGAGGCAGUACCGCGAGGAAGAGGAGCUGCAGCAGGAGGAAGAGGAGCUGCUGAGAGAAGAGCAGGAGAAGAGAAGGCGCCAGGAGCGGGAGAGACAAUACCGCGAGGAAGAGGAGCUGCAGCAGCAGGAAGAGCAGCUGCUGAGAGAAGAGCGGGAGAAGAGAAGGCGCCAGGAGCGGGAGAGGCAGUACCGCGAGGAAGAGGAGCUGCAGCAGGAGGAAGAGCAGCUGCUGAGAGAAGAACGGGAGAAGAGAAGGCGCCAGGAGCGGGAGAGGCAGUACCGCGAGGAAGAGGAGCUGCAGCAGGAGGAAGAGCAGCUGCUGAGAGAAGAACGCGAGAAGAGAAGGCGCCAGGAGCCGGAGAGGCAGUAUUGGGAGGAGGAAGAGCUUCAGCGCCAGGACAGAAAGCGGCGGUACCGGGAUGAGGAUCAGCGCCGUGACCUGAAAUGGCAGUGGGAACCAGAAAAAGAAAAUGCAAUUCGUAAUAACAGGGUUUACCGCAAACGUAGAGAGAAUGAACAGCUCCGGCAGUUGGAAGAUUCCCAGGUGCGUGACAGACAAUUCCGGCAGGAUCUGCAGCCCCUGCUGGAUGAACAGCAAGAGAGAGACCGCGAGCAAGAGAGGCGGCGCUGGCAGCAGCGCGACAGGCAACUCCCAGAGGAAGAAGAGCUGAGGCGAGAAGAGCAAAAGGAAGCCAACGGGCGCGACUGGAAAUUCCAAGAGGAAAUGCAGUUGCUGAGAGAGGAAAAAGAGAAGAGGCGCCAGGAGAGAGACAGAAAAUUCCGCGAGGAGGAACAGCUGCUACAGGGAAGGGAGGAACAGCAGCUGCGCCGCCAAGAGCGUGACAGAAAAUUCCUCGAGGAGGAGCAGCAACUGCGCCGCCAGGAGCGCGAACAACAGCUGCGCCAGGAACGCGACAGAAAAUUCCGUGAAGAGGAACAGCUCCGCCAGGAGAGGGAGGAAGAGCAGCUGCGCCGCCAGGAGCGCGACAGAAAAUUCCGUGAAGAGGAACAGCUCCGCCAGGAGAGGGAGGAAGAGCAGCUGCGCCGCCAGGAGCGCGACAGAAAAUUCCGUGAAGAGGAACAGCUCCGCCAGGAGAGGGAGGAAGAGCAGCUGCGCCGCCAGGAGCGCGACAGAAAAUUCCGUGAGGAGGAGCAGCUGCUCCAGGAAAGGGAAGAACAGCAGCUGCGCAGCCAAGAGCGCGACAGAAAAUUCCUAGAAGAGGAACAGCAGCUGCGCCGCCAGGAACGAGAGAGAAAAUUCCGUGAGGAGGAACAGCUGCUCCAGGAAACGGAGGAACAGCAGCUGCGCCGCCAAGAGCGCGACAGAAAAUUCCUCGAGGACGAACAGCAGCUGCGCCACCAGGAGCGCGACAGAAAAUUCCGCGAGGAGGAACAGCUGCUCCAGGAAAGGGAGGAGCAGCAGCUGCGCCAAGAGCGUGACAGAAAAUUCCUGGAAGAGAAACAGCAGCUGCGCCGCCAGGAACGAGAGAGAAAAUUCCGUGAGGAGGAACUGCAGCGCCAAGAAACGGAGGAACAGCAGCUGCGCCGCCAGGAGCGCGACAGAAAAUUCCGCGAGGAGGAACAGCUGCUCCAGGAAAGGGAAGAACAGCAGCUGCGCCUCCAAAAUCGUGACAGAAAAUUCCUCGAGGAGGAGCAGCAGCUGCGCCGCCAGGAGCGCGAACAACAGCUGCGCCAGGACCGCGACAGAAAAUUCCGCGAGGAGGAACAGCUCCGCCAGGAGAGGGAGGAAGAGCAGCUGCGCCGCCAGGAGCGCGACAGAAAAUUCCUAGAAGAGGAACAGCAGCUGCGCCGCCAGGAACGAGAGAGAAAAUUCCGUGAGGAGGAACAGCAGCUACAAGAAACGGAGGAACAGCAACUGCGCCGCCAAGAGCGCGACAGAAAAUUCCUCGAGGACGAACAGCAGCUGCGCCGCCAGGAGCGCGACAGAAAAUUCCGCGAGGAGGAGCAACAGCUGCGCCGCCAGGAGCGCGAACAACAGCUGCGCCAGGACCGCGACAGAAAAUUCCGCGAGGAGGAACGGCUCCGCCAGGAGAGGGAGGAAGAGCAGCUGCGCCGCCAGGAGCGCGACAGAAAAUUCCGCGAGGAGGAACAGCUCCGCCAGGAGAGGGAGGAAGAGCAGCUGCGCCGCCAGGAGCGCGACAGAAAAUUCCGCGAGGAGGAGCAGCUCCACCAGGAAAGGGAAGAUCGCCAGCUCCGCCGCCAGGAACUAGACAGAAAAUUCCGCGAGGAGGAACAGCUGCUCCAGGAAAGGGAAGAACAGCAGCUGCGCCUCCAAAAGCGUGACAGAAAAUUCCUCGAGGAGGAGCAGCAGCUGCGCCGCCAGGAACGCGAACAACAGCUGCGCCAGGAGCGCGACAGAAAAUUCCGCGAGGAGGAACAGCUCCGCCAGGAGAGGGAGGAAGAGCAGCUGCGCCGCCAGGAGCGCGACAGAAAAUUCCGCGAGGAGGAACAGCUCCGCCAGGAGAGGGAGGAAGAACAGCUGCGCCGCCAGGAGAGGGAGGAACAGCAGCUGCGCCGCCAACAGCGGGACAGAAAGUAUCGCAGGGAAGAAGAGCAGCUGCAGCUUGAGGAGCAGGAAGAGCAGAGGCGCCGACAGGAGCCAGACCGGCAGCACCGGGCGGAGGAGCAGUUUGCCAGGCAGGAGCAGAGUCGUCAUCAGGCACAAGAACUGUGGCAAGAAGAAGAGCAGAGACGUCGCCAGGAACGGGAAAGGAAAUUCCGGGAAGAACAGCUCCGCCGCCAGCAGGAGGAAGAACAGAGGCGCCGCCAAGUCCGGGAGACCCAAACCCAAGAAGGCAAGGGUUAUGGGCGGCUUCUGGAGCCCGGCGCUCGUCAGUUUGCCAAUGUCCCAGUGCGCUCCAGCCCUCUCUAUGAGUACAUCCAAGAGCAGAGAUCUCAAUACCGCCCUUAAGAGAUAUUGCCAAUAUCCUGACACCUGCCAAAGCUUUGAGCACAAGAAAAUGAGAAACACUGGGUACUAAGUGAUAACUCAGAUGUUUCAGGUUGUGGGAAAACUCUCUGAUGUUAGAAUGUCUUUUCUUUCAAAAUCUUAAACUACGCUCAUUUUAUGUACUUUGUACUCCUGCUUUUUAUUCUUCCUCAAGUAGUUCUUUACUGCAAGACGUCUUUCUUUUGCUCGUUGAUGCAGCUGUGGUGUGCAUUUGAAAAAAAAAAACCAUAAAUCAUUUAAUUUGUUUAAGGAGUUUUGUUUGAGGAACAUGUUCAUUUAUUGCUUAAAGAAGUAACAAGAAUAAUAGGAUGACUUGAGAUUCUAAACAAUGGGUCUGUUUGUUUAAUGAUUGACCCAUCUUGUGGAAAGUGCAGAUAUUUUUAAUGCUCAAGUUGCUAUUUCUUCUUAAACCUAAAUUGAUCUUUGCCCCCAAACAGCUUUUCAUAUUUUGUGGCAUAAUUAGCAGAAUUCCAGGUAACUGAAAUUUUAUAACCCUUGGAUAGUGCGGGGCGGGGGGUGACCACUGCAUAAAAACUUUCUGUGAAAUCAGCCUAUUACUGGAAGAAAUAUCUGUUAAGGACAGGUUUAGCUUUGAAGAUUUAGAAUUCAAAUUAGAUUUUUUUACACUCAACUUCACUUACACAUAUAAUCUCAUGAAGCAAAAAUGAGGUGUUUCUCAAACAACUUCAGAGUUCAAAUUUUAAAAUUGUGUCUGGUGUAGGCUACAGUGUUCAUUCUACUUCCCCAAGUUCUGAAGAGUUUGAGAAUAUUACAAAACUUUGUUAAUUUUAGCUUAUUAGAAGGAAGCUAUUCAGAAUCCCAUAAACAUCUGGCUUACUCUAGGGCCAAUAAGAGAUCACAGAGAGCAUAUUGGGGGUGUAAAAAGGAAAAAUGUGUGAACAUAGGGGCAACUUUCUAGAGGCCCUUUGACAAGACCCAUCAGCCCACAAUCAUUUUAGGCCUAUUUAUAAUACCUUGGAAACAUUCUUGUUGAAAUAAUUGGACUGUGAAAAAUAAUAAUAAAUGUUUGGCAAAUAA